AUGGCUGAUGUAGAAGAUGAAGAUUCAUGGUUGUACGGUGAUUCUACUAAAGAAAAAUCAGAACCAACUGAUUCAGGAAAUACAAAUAAAUUUGCCGCUAAAAAUGAGGAUGACGACGAAGAUUCAGAUGAUGAUGUACAAGUUACGAUUGGAGAAAUCACAACUGUAGAACUUUUCUAUAGAAAUCCAGUUCCUGUACCUACAAAACCUACAGUGACAAAAGGCUUGGAUAUGCAGGCUCCAGGUGAUUCAACGGUACUUCCAGUUAUGGAGACAAAUAUAGACUUGCUUGAUGACAAACCAUGGCGCAAGCCAGGAGCUGACAUUUCUGAUUAUUUCAAUACGGGUUUAAUGAGAUACCUGGAAGCAAUAACUUCGAUAAACAAAGAAAUUUCGAGGACAAUUGCAGCCCUGGAUAUCCGCCAGGGUUCACCCCCAGUCACACACACUGUGCCCCUCUUUAUUUGGUCAACAGAUGGUGGCGAUCCUUACAAUCAAUACUCAGAAGAUCGGCAUAGGAGACCCUCGGAUAGUGAAACAGAUCGACAUAGUGAAGAUGAUGGCCGAUACAGGAGAGAGCGGGGAAGUAGUUCCAGAAGAGAUUACGACCGUGAUAGAUAUAGAGAUAGAAGGGAUUACAGAGAUAGCAGACCUCGGGAUAGAGAUCGUGAUCGAGACAGAGAUCGUGACCGCGAUAGGGAAAGAGAUCGUGAUCGUGACCGAGAAAAGGAUAGAGAUCGUGAUAAAGACAGAGACCGAGAUAAAGAUCGUGACCGCGAUAGAGGGCAUGAAAGAGAGAGCAGCAGUUCAAGAAGAUAUCGAGACGACAGCCCAUCCCGACAUAAAUCAUCGCGCAGAAAGCAUGAAGAUGAUGACAGGCAUUCAAGCAAACAUAAAAAGGCAAAAAAGCAUAAGCACAAAGAUAAAGACUCUGAUGCUCCUCCUGGAACUGAUGAAGUUAAUGGCAAUGAAGAGGUCGAAAAGUGAACUACUCUGUGAAUAUUAUUGAAAGACCUUAUAAUUCCGAUUGCGGUUAUUAUGCCAACACUCCGGUUUUACUGAGAUAACAACUGAUGCAUAUAUUUGAACAUGCAGAUCAAAUAUGAUGGACAUACGGAGACGGUCUCUUUAGAAAUUCAAUACUUCAGCAACCAUAUUUUCUGAUAAUGUUGUUUAAUAAUCAUUUAUUGAAAAAAUGUCAUUCGAACAAAAAAAUUUAAAUAGGUUUUAAUUCAUAUUUUGUGAAUAGUUAAGUUAUUCAUGUGAA